GUGGAAUCCUGAGUCGUGUCAGUGCUCCGGCGGACGCGAUCGCGCGCGAGUGUGUCGUUCAGUAACGUUGUUUCACCGCUGGAAGAACGAAGUGAACGGAGAAAAGGGAGUAGAAAUACUUAGAAGGAUCUACCCACAGGUGCGUGUAUCCGGUGUAGUGAACGAGCAACGAAGAACAACAGGGCCACGAGUCACAGCGAUAAUCAGCACUAUAUUUCCAACGUUAAAAACGAUUCACGCGCAAAAGGAAAAUUCUGCUUCGCGUUCGUUGUGAUCUUUCAACACGUUUUCAAGAAUCCGACCUUCGUUCCCAGAGGUUGCGGACCUGUAACAAAGUACUAGGAAAACCAUAGAAUUGGAAACUAAAGUAUAAUAGUCGGACGAAGAGUAUGUUCUUGGAUAUCGACUUCUUCGUUGAAAAUUCUUCUGCGUGCUAAUAAUAAUCUUCCGAAUGAUUCCUUCUUUUUAAUGGAUCGUUAAGAAGAGUACGUACAAUUAGUAGUUGAAAUUGAUAGCUUUAUACGUAUUGUCCACUUUCCGUCCUUGGCGGCUGUUACUACUGAAUUUCUUACCGAUACGCGAUCUACGACACGCUUAUCGAUCGUAUCGCGUUCCCAUUGUGUUCCUCGAAUGCAUAAAAGUAUCGUCGAUGUUAAACGUGUAGGAAAUAUUUCGCGAGAUCGAAAGUCUGACGACUACGUUAUUUACUCGACGUAGUCGCUAAUAAUUCAAUCGUUGUUCUUAUUUGUUUGAUAUUAAUAUUCAAUCACAUCGUUGCUCUGUCGUACAUGAUUGCGGCGUUUCGUUUGACUCGCCUGUAACUCACGUUCGAGACACACGUGUCUGUGAUUUCGCACGACGGAAACGUAUCACUGGCAACGCCGUCGAUAGGACGUCGAGCCUUCCGGCGCGUCAACCGAGGAAUUUACUUAUUCGUGGGACCAACAUCUCCAGCUAGACGUUUCUCGAAGGGAAGUCUCGACGGUGUCUGUGCAUCCGGUAAACAGGUUAUGCGUGGUCGUGUCGCGACAAAAACUCUGCCAGGCUUAGUCGAAACGUUCGAAUGAGCUCGUUGUGUUUAUGACUCGUUCGGUGUCGUGAAUUACGCGUGACGAUGUGCGAUUGAGAAAUCUGUUGAAAUUUGAAAAAUAUAAACAAACAUCGUACCUUUCGGUCGAGAAAGUGCGUCGUUAUAACGUAUGUAUGUGUAAUACGAAGUGCAGAAGUCGCGUCGGUUAGAUCGUUCGAUAACCCAGUGUGUUCGACAAAGUGAAAACGUGAAUGAUAAUUGGCGAUAGACGAAACAGCGAUUCGAUAUUCACGUUUGGUGCGUUUAAUUAAAGGCUUGUUAUUUCAUCGAAAGAAGUCAAACAGUGAAAGAAGCUACGAAAAGAAGGAGAAGAUAUUCGUGGGAAGCUGUGGACCGCCGAUAAGAAAAAGAAUUUUUGAAGAAGUAUUUGUGACACGUUCGUUGAUAUCCAGAAGAAUACAACGAUUUAUUCGGCUGGCUUGCUUCAAUUCUCAUCCAUUCGCGUCUCCAGAAACAGCUGUCGAGAAUUUCGAGUCGAUGAGAUCGAAGCAGCGGGACGCGAGCUGAAAACGCGCGGCUGCUGUCGUUGAAGGCUACUUAAAACGACCAUUGAGCAUUCGUCAGGGUGCUCGAAUUACCCACAACAGGUGGCUCGCAACUCCGCCAAUACGAGCGCAACAUCUGCAACUCCGGGCGGCUUGUGGGAGUGCAGCAAGUGCCUGGACGAGAUGCGGCUGAUGCAGAGGCUGGCGAUCAGCGGACUCCUGUCCGUGAUACUGAUCGUCCUUCUGACUGGCACGUUCGUCACGCGUCGCGACUUGGCGAACGUCGUCGAACGUGGUGUGGCGCCGGAAGAGCGAAACGAACAGCAAGUAAAUCCAGCCUGGGUACAGAGCAACGUGGUCCCGGGCCAGGAUGAACCGAAACCCGAAGAUAAGGAUCGACGACUGGACUUCAAGCAUAGACAGGUCGAGCCAUCCGCGGUUGGACCCCCGCCGAUUUCUGUACCCGGACCCUACGUCAUUAGACCGCCUAAUCCACCUCUGGAUGACGUGACUAAUCAGCGCCGCGAGAAGAUCAAAGAGAUGAUGAAACAUGGCUGGGACAACUACGUGAGGUACGCCUGGGGAAAGAACGAGCUGAGACCAAUCUCGAAAAGAGGCCACAGUGCUAGCAUCUUUGGUGCUUCAAAUAUGGGUGCGACCAUCGUCGAUGGCCUCGACACCCUGUACAUCAUGGGUCUACACGACGAAUUCAAGCAAGGCCGUGACUGGAUCGCUGAGAAUCUCGACUUCGAUAUCAACUCGGAAAUAUCCCUCUUCGAGACGAACAUUCGUUUCAUGGGAAGCCUGCUGGCGUGUUACGCUCUCACCGGGGACGUGAUGUUCCGGGAUAAGGCGGCUCAGCUCGGCGAACGGAUGUUGCCCGCUUUCCAGACGGAAACCGGAAUUCCUCAUUCCCUCAUCAAUCUCCAUACCGGGGCGAGCAAGAAUUAUGGCUGGGCGAGCAGCGGGUGCAGCAUCCUCUCCGAAAUUGGCACGAUGCAUCUCGAAUUCACCUACCUCAGUGACAUCACGGGCAAUCCGGUUUUCAAGAGCAAGGUCGAGAACGUGAGGAAAGUGCUGAAGAACCUGGAGAAACCGAAAGGACUCUACCCCAACUAUAUUCACCCGAAGACUGGAAAAUGGGGCCAGCAUCACAUGUCGUUGGGAGGUCUCGGUGACAGUUUCUACGAGUAUCUGUUGAAGGCGUGGAUUCAGUCCGGCAAAGAAGACGUCGAAGCCCGACAAAUGUACGACGAAGCGAUCGCGGCUAUAGAUCAACACAUGAUCAAGACAUCACAGGGCAAGCUGCUCUACGUGUCGGAUCUAAAAUACGACAGGCUCGAGCAUAAAAUGGGCCAUCUGGCGUGUUUUGCUGGUGGUAUGUUUGCAUUGGGAGCGAAAACCCAGGAAAACGAACAGUCUGAGAGAUACAUGACGAUAGCCGCUGGUCUGACCAACACGUGCCACGAAUCCUACGACAGAAGUUACACGAAACUCGGACCGGAAGCCUUCCACUUUAUCGAGGGUAACGAAGCGAAGAGUUUAAAGAACGGCGAAAAAUACUACAUUCUUCGGCCAGAGACCUUCGAAUCGUACUUCGUGAUGUGGCGGCUGACAAAGGAUCCGAAAUACCGUGAGUGGGGCUGGGAAGCUGUUCAAGCGCUCGAGAAAUACUGUCGCGUUCCAGGAGGCUUCACCGGACUUCAUAAUGUUUACUUGGUCGAUCCUCCGCAGGACGACGUGCAACAGAGCUACUUCUUCGCCGAGACGCUCAAGUACCUCUACCUGCUGUUCAGCGACGACGAUCUCAUAAAUCUGAACGACUGGGUGUUCAACUCCGAGGCUCACGUGCUUCCCAUCAGGGGCAACCCCCUGUACCGGGCGUCUCCCUCUUUAUAAUUCAAAGGAAACUCUCACACCUGGAAGAAAACGACACACCGACGACACAGCAAGACCGUUCUAACAGCUCGAAACAAUCGGAAGUCGUCCGCUGUGUACCAGGAAGGGAGAGCAACAACGUGAGAGACGAACAAGAAGAGGGAAUAACUCGGAACUACAAGAAACAAGAAAUAGAAGAAAAAGCAAAGCAAAAAUUCAACGGUGUACGCGAUAAGAAAAUACAAGGAAAAAUAGAACAGUGAACAAGUUUCUGGAUUUAGAAGGUAAAAAAAGAAAGAAAACGAAAAAAAAGAAAAGGAAAAGAGAAAAGAAAGGGAAAAAGGAACAAAUUAACAAACGCGUUAUUACCUGUGAAAAAUUAUAGACAGAUCGAUGAACAGUGAAAAAAAUAGGAAAAUGGAGAGAGACUGGAGAGGCGGAACGACGACGUGGAUACUCAGCUCGCAAAAGCCACGUGUCGCCGCGGUGAAUACAAUUAAAAAUAAUUAUUUUAGGUAAAACGAGAUAUAAUAGGGGACAGGGAGAACGUGGAGAAGAUGAUAACGAACGUUAUUUAAGCGACAAACUAUACAGAUGAAGAAUUACACGGAGACACACACAUACACACACAUACACACAGAGUACGUUUGUAAAUAGCGAAAAAAGAAAGAAUGUGUGAACAAAACUAUAUAAUAGAUCGCGUGAAAAAGAGGGAGUGAAAGAAGAAAGAGACGAGAGAACAAGAGAAACGUAUGCUCGAGCGAAAGAGACAAUUUGAAAUAGAGAAAGAAUGCGUGUAUGCGUGUGAGAGAGGCAGAAACUAGAAUGAAAAUUUAAUCGUUUGCCUGAAUGCUUGGCCCAUUUUCUUUUUUCGCCUGCGACAUAAAAAUGGUCUAGGCAGCCGAACCUAUUUCAAGGAAGAUCCAAAUACCGAACGUUCCAGUCGGAUCUCUUGGUGAUUAUAGCGAAACUGUUCAAUCGGUGUUUCUCUUUUCCUUCUUCCUUCUGUUCGAGCUUUUUUGAAAACGUGGCACUCUAACGUCCGAGAGGUAAAAAUUAAAAAAAAAAGAAGAAAAAAAAGAACGAAAAAUUAUAAAAUUCUCUGACAAAUAACGAAAAUGAUUAUUUGCUAAUUAAUUAGUCGAUGUAAUCGGUUUGGGAAUUCGUAUUUUAUGGGAAAGCAUUUAGAUCGAAAUAAGUAAUUAUUUCAAAUUUCGUAUAACUACGUUAAGAACGUAUGAAAAAAAAAAAAAAAAAAAGAAAGAAAAAGACACCAGUCCUCCAAGAAGAUCGAUCAGUGGAUCUAUAAGUUAUUCUUGUUUUAAUUAACAAUUAUAUCGAUCGCUGAUCGAUCUCGCCACUUUUCAGACUUCACCGACACGAGACCUUCUUCUUCGCGGCUUUUUCUAUCUUUUUCUACUUUUUGAAUAAAUGACACACUGCGCCUCGAUCGUCUCGGUGGCAGAAAGCGCCGAUGGAAAUUCGUUCGAUCCAGUCGCGCUACGUAUUUGAUGCGACGAUUUCGUUUUAAAUUUUAACCGGCUACGCGCGUGUUUUAUAGAAAUCAAAGUUCACGGAAUUGUUAAUAAGUCGAUGUCUGUCUUUGUUUAGAAAUUUUAAUAUAUUUAAUUACGAACGAAGGGUAACUCUCGUUUCUCUUUAAACAAACUGUUGUCAUAAUUCGUGAAAACAUGAAAUAAAAUCAAAAGACGACAUUAGUAUUUUUGCAUUUUAUACCGUGUGAAUCCAUUUAUGCUUAGAAAGAAUAUUUUAUUGGAAUACCGGAGUUUCAUUGCUUGAAAUAACGCAGUUAUUGAAAUUUGGAAAUCUCCUUAGAAAUACGAGUGCAGAGUUUACAGAAGCUGGAGCAUAAAUGGGUUACGUUUAAAAGUUCCUUACAUAUCCUUUUGUUUCUGCGUCGCGUUCGGCUGAAUUUUAAGGCGAAUCGCCAAGUGCUUCCAUGUAACUGGCUGGAGAAAAUUUCAAAGAAGUUUCAGCCGAAACUUUUCUAUGGAAUUCGUAGUUUGAAUCUUUAUGGGCGUAAUAUGGAAAAGGAAUAAGCGUACGAGGAAACGUAAGGAAAGAUUUUACGAUUUUCGAGCGUGUUUAACGGCGAUGUGAAGCACAAGAGCAAAAGCGUCGGCUACUUGUGCGAAUUACAAUGGUAUCGAUGGAAGAACGGGCUUGAUUUAUUUCACGUAUUUUACAUAUUUAUACGUUUGAUAUCUUUUUAUAUUUUUACCAUCGCCAAGAUUCUUUAGGAAAAAUUUCUCAAGUGUUGCAAAUUAUUUCCAUAAAAUACGGAAAAUUCUAAGAAUUAGUAAAUUUAUCAUAAAACACAUUUAGAAUAUUGACAAAGCACUGAUAGAUUAUUUUAACAAAUAACUAAAUAUUUUAACGCUAUUGAUCUUAAAAUUUAUCUUAACGUUCUACUUCUAUCUUAGUAGGGAAAUAUAUGUUCGAUAUGAAUUCUUUCAUCGAUCCAACGAAUGGUUCUCGAAAAAGUCAAUUAUCCAUCAAAGAAAUUAGAAAAAGAGCAAUCUUCAAAAUACGAAAUUUAAAUCAUCCAUCCAUUUAACGAAAGAAUCAAUUUUCGUUUCUUCGACAAGUUAUAUUGCCUGAAAAAAUCAAAAACCAUCCCCCAGUACAAUCUUCAUCACGAUGAACAUCAACUAGAGGGUUGCCCUUCGGACAACGAAAUAUAAUUAUUAUUAAUAAUUAUGCGAAGAUGAGAAAUUGGCUGGCAAAAGAUUCGAUCUUACUUUCUUCUCGAUAAACCAGCAGGAAUCUUUUACCGUUCUCAAAAAAAUCUUCGAUGUAAAAUUCAAACAUGAAAGACGAGCAUUAGCAACGAUUCUUUCAUAUUUGUCCAAACGAGAGAUUUUUUAACGAUAAGAAAUCGUGAUCGAAUCGUCAAUUAUCACGAUAUAGGACACGAUCACCAUCUUUCGCUCUUGCGCCCUUUGCAUGGCCAUCUUCUCAACUUUGCACAAUAGAAAAAUUCAAAACCACUGGACUGGAGAUGUUUACACAGAUUCGUAUUUUUAUGAACGCAAAGAAACGAAAGACAAUAUUUGAUUCACCCACUUAAUAUUAUCUCUAAUCGAGAAUCGAAAGCUUCUACGUUGCUACUGUAUAUUAAACGCGAUUGAGAAACAAAUGUGGCACUCGUUCUUCGAAUUGCAGGAUCGAAAUAAAAAUUCGAGCUAUAUCUUUUAUAUUUUUCCGCAUUGCAUGCAUUUUUGCACCAUUAAAUUUCCCCGAAACACGUAAACAUCCGCAGUCUAGCGAUCACCGUUGCAUCGAUUCUCGCGUUCGACAGCAUCAUCCAUCGAAUGUUCGUCUCGUGGAAGGCUUUCGGCCAUCGAGCUGCCGGAAUCAACGUGCAGCCCCUGAUCAGUAGUUUCCGGUGCAAGCGUAACCUCACGAGACUCAUAUUUUUUCCUUGUGUGUGUUGAACAAAUCAAAAAUCGCGAGCCAAAUUCCUACGUCGUAUCCAUCAUUGACCCUAUGCAGAGAAGACUGGAUCAUUGUCGACGCGAUUGUCGAAUAUUUUAUUCUAUUGGAACUUCGAUAGAUGUAGCUUCUCCACUCGUCUAUGACAAUCGAAUUUACUCAAAAAGUAAAACCGUAGAACCUUAAAAAAUUUAGGACAAUACUGUCGCUUUUAGUCAAAAUAUCCCACGUAGCAUUUUUUCAUUUUUCAAGAUACGUUGAAAUUUUUACCUGUGUUUCUUACCUUGCGAGUAAAGUUACGUUAUGCAGGCUGUAGCGAUACCAUAAUUAAAUAUCUCAAAUCGAUCGAAGAGAAUGACAUAGUUUGAGCUUUUCUAGGUUUCAAAUGGCAGAAUGGCAGUCUCUGUAAAUUGCAAAUUAGAAAAAAUUGAUAUGCCAAACGCUGUUCUUUUUAUUUUUAUCUUAAAAUUCCCUAUCAGUCGUGUCGCUUCAUUGCGAUAAAUAAACUUACGGGAAUCUCCUGUUCUUUUCCUAAAAAUCGAACUGCUACCGUACGCUUCCGCGUUGUAGAAUAAAAAAGAAAUUCGGAAAAACUGGAAUUGGUCAAGCUAACUUAUGGCAGCUUCGCGUAAUCGUAAUUUAGAAAGAGACAAACUUGAAACACGUACGUGAGACGGAAUUGAUUCAGCCUUCGUUGUCAGAGGGUUAAACGAUCGACAGAAGGAUGAGUCGCACGCGAUUUUCAACGAAAGGGGAAAAGCGUAAAAGCGACGCGCGAAAUCAAUCGCGCGUGGUAGUUUAGUAAACGAUGUAGCAGCCGAUAAACUAGCGUGUAUAUAGAUGAAAAGAUUUCAAAGGAGAAAAGUAAAAAAAGAAAGUCAUAUUCUAUAGGAGGUACGAGGCGUAGAAACAGAGUUAUAUAGAGGUUACUGGAUGUGUAAUUGUAUAGGCUUUGCAACGAACGUGCGCAAGAAAAGAGAGAGAGAGAGAGAGAGAGAGAGAGAGAGGAUAUGUGUGCUUGAGAGUGGAGGUACGUGAGAGAUAUUGUAAAUUCAAGUUGUCAAGACGCGUUUCGAGUUCGAAUCGGAUGCGUUCCCAUGUUGCGAAGCGUUUCAUUACGAAUAACGAGCAGCGUUCUUGGAAAGAUAAAGAUAACUUGACGAAAUGUAAAAAUUAGUUUUGUUCCUUUUCGUCAUUUUUUAUAGAUUUAUAAGUUUCGGAGAUUUUAAUCGGCGACAAUAAGAAUUAAAGUAUGUUGGUUAUUUAAAGGUAUAAGAAAUAGAUUUGCGUAAUAUCUUUUUAGAAAAAUCCCUUGGUUUUCGUAAUUUUUGUAGGUUUCUAAAUUAACCGAAUACUUCGAAAGUACAAAGGCCUAGACUGUCGUAGUAUUUCAUAAAGAUUAAUAGGUGGACCUUUAACAGGUAGCUUUUUAGGAUGAUCAAAUUUUGAACAAUUGUUUCUCAAAGAUUAAUUGAUAACGCAUAACGAAACAUCGUAUUUCGAGAAUUUGAGACAGAUACGAAUUAAGGAAACGACAUUUCAAAUUGCAAAACCAAAAAUGAAAAUCAUCGAUUCCUGACGAAGAAGAUUUAUACCAUCGCUUAUGUUAAUGUUUGAAGCUCUUCUGUAACUCGAUGUACGAAGAUCUUCGAAGUUUAAAACACUGCCUGACUCAAACCGCCGACGUUCUAUGAGCGAUUUUCGUCCUCUUCUUUCAGGAAUCACGCGAAUAUUCUUAUACGGUUUAACAAAACGAUUGUCGAAAAGGAAACUAUAGAACGUAUUUUUAUAACAAGAAAAGAAAGAGCGUAACAAAAGAGUGGGAUAUCAAACGAUCGAAUCAACAAAUCUUUUCUCCCAAGUAUCGACUGUCGUUUUUCGCAAUUAAACGCAGCAGAAGGGACGGGAAAUAUCGAAGAAACACGUGUCCUUGAUCGAGGACCGAUCUCGAGGAAUUUCCCGCAUCCGCUUUCCAAACAAUCAAGCGAGUCGAUGACUAAGACGGCCAGAAAGUUACUUAAUAUAUUAUAACAUAAUGAUACUUUACGCCUCUUGCCUUUUUCGUUCCUCGGGCUCGGAUGGCCGCUCGGAAAUUCAUUGUUUCGAGCGUUCAUCCUUGGAACAGAAGCAAGACACCAUAGAAUGUAUACACUCAACUAUACGGAAGUACAUGCGUAUGUUUCUCGUACAAGAUGAAAGCGAAAUGCGUAAGUGCGAGAAUUGACAAAGAAACAAAAGAAACGAGCAGGUGUUUCGAUUGCAAUUUCUCGUACGUUGUGCGUUUCUAAGAGAUUCAUUGAUCCUUGACACAGUUACGAUUGUCAUUCGUUCAUGGACGUUCAUUGUUACUGACGUAUUUUGAAGCGAUCUGUUCAAAAUAAUUUGUUCGUCGAUUCUUCGUUUCGUUUUGAAAUGGAAGCUUUCGUUGGGAAGCUUCGUUCAAUCCGAAUACGAAGAAAGAGAUAUUUUUAGAAGAUGUUUGCGAUUUUAAUCCGAAAUAGACACUUGUAAUUAUUUAUUACGAAUUUAAAUGUAUAUAAUUAUUAAAGAAUCGUGUUACUUUGAAUAUAUUCGUCGUUAUUAUUUAUGACAAUGUAGGAAGGAACAACGAAUACCAUCGAAAUUUCAUUUGUCAAGGAAGAAUCGUUUCGACGACGUGGUAACAACGGACAGACCGAGAAAUCUUCAGUGUCUUCUAACGCGUGGAACCAGCUCACUCGGAAUUGGACGAGCAAGCGAUCUUCGUUUUCCUCCCUUUCCGUAGGAACAAAUCGAUCGAACAAAACAAUUCUAUUUUGCUGCUGAUAUUAUAUACUUACACGAGCAAAGAAAUAAAACGACAGAGGGAAACCGUUAGGUCGUUGUCCUGUGUAAAGAAAAAAAAAAAACAAAUUGUUAUUUAUAAUAGUAACGAAAAGAUUGUCGCUGAUCUAACAGAGCGACGACGAUGGACGAGGAUAGAUUCGACGGUGAUGAAGAUAGUAAUAAACGAUAAUUAGCCUAUACAUAUAUUUGUGAAUAGAUAUUUAAUAAUUUAUUGUUAACUAGAGUAUUUUAUUUGAAGGAUUUUCAUUAAACGGGGUUUCGGGUACCAAUAAUAUCGUUUCUUACGCCAGAGAAAAAAAAGGGGUUAGAAAAAAAAAAGAAACAGAGCGAGAGAGAGAGAGAGAGAGAUUGUAUGAAAGCGAUUAUGGUGUGAGUAAAGAGAGUGAAGGAAAAAAAAAUGAGAUUAAAAUGAGCGACAAUUUCUACGUGCGCUUUUGUCAAAGAAUCGAGAGAGAGAGAGAAAGAUAGAGAAGAAAAGAUAGAAAACAGUUUUUUAGCUUUACUUACCUAAUUUUUGUAAGCAGAGCGACAACAGACAGACGCCGGUAAGAGGAAAAAUAAAAUGGUGUAAAAGAAAACAAAUUAUAUAUAUUAUAUAUUUAUCGUUGGUCGAAGAACGGAGAGAGGAGAACGGGUGAACGAGAGGAAAAAGAAUAAUAGAAUAAAAUGUAAAACGAUGAGCGCGUCGCGCGCCAGCAUUCGACGCGAACUAUAAUUAUACUUGUAAAUACAGUACACGAUUUAGUGAUAAUACGGGGGUUUUACUUUUAACAGCUUUAUGUGAUUAUUACUUUGUCAUGAUCAAUGAAAUAAAUAAAUGAUGAUAAUACUUUAA